AUGCCUCCCAGAGCGAGGCCUGUUAAGCCAGCUAACAAGAUGGUCCCUGAUGGUACUGCUGCUGCUGCUGUUACGCUGAAGACUCCGGUUGCUGGUCCGUCUACUCGUCCCGCAGCAUCUGUCACGGCUGUCCCGUCGAAGUUGUCACGCACUCUGUUUGCGGAGGAGGAUUCUGAGUCGCUGACGUUGUCUGCUAAGCUGGCGGCUUUCCGGAUUGAGCAGGCUACUGGUGGGAAAGCGGACAAAGGCAAGGCGAAGGACGCGGAUUUCAAGGAUGCGGUGUCCGACGCGGAAGAUGAUGCUGCUGGUGACGAGGAUCAGGACGCACCUGACGCUGCACGUCGCGUCAGCUUCAUGGAUGAUGAGGAUGAUGGCCUUCAGGCGCAUGACCCGAAGGAAUGCUUCGAGGAUAAGGCGAAGGAAGAUCUGGCGGCGAAGCUCCGGAUCAUCCUCAAGGAUCCCGCGCUGGUGCUGGUCUCAACGGCAGGGAACAGGGAGGAAUGGGUCUGCCUGCUGGAGUGUUGCGAGAAGGCGAAGGGCUCCUCCUUCGAGCAGGCUGCUCAUCAUGCGCUUUCCCAGCGUCAUCGGGGAGGGCUGGUGAAGCAGGGUGCUGCCACGCGUGUUCUCAAGGACAAGCUGAGCCUCCGUGUGCUGCGCAAGGAGUACGGGAUCUAA